AUGCAGCCCGGAAGCAGCUCACUUAAAACAGGUAGAAAUGAAGUGGUGAAAAACCGAAGAAGAAAAAUGAAUCAUCUAAUUUCCAUCCUUUACUCUCUCAUCUUUACUCAAAGAUCACAGGAAAGAGUGGCAUUACCUGUUUUGUUAGAUAAAGCAGGUGACCAUAUAAAAGGACUGAAGGAAAGCAUCGAACAACUGCAGAGAAGGAAGGAACAACUCAAGUUGCCGAUACUUGCAGUUGAAGAAAUGGGAUCAACUUUGGAGGUGAAAUUGAUUACUCGGCUGAACAAAAAUUUCAUGUUGCAUCAACUUCUAACUGUUCUCGAGGAAGAAAAUGUUGAAGUUGUGAGUGCAAACUACUCUAAUAUGGGUGACAAGAUCAUAUAUACAAUUCAUUCACAGGUAUUCAGGCGUGGGUCUGACCAACCUGUAUCCGGAAAUUCGAGGGUAUCAUACAUGCCCCCACCCUAUGCUUUAAUAGACCUCUUGGCAUCAACCUCAACCCUAGCAACUUCCUCCAAAAUCCAUAAUUCAAACUAG